AUGAGUAAUAUAUCAGAUAAGAACAUAUUGAAAUAUCAGGAGAAGUAUGAAGAAAGAAAAAAGAAAACAGAUAAAGAAAAAAAAAACAGUAAUUAUAUUAUAAAUGAUAUAAAUGAGGAAGGUGAUAGCUAUGAGGAUAAUUAUUCAAGAGGAAAAACACAAUCAUAUAGAAGUUACGAAUAUAAAUUAGAACAUAUAGCAAAAAAAAAAGAAGAAUAUGAUAAUAAUACAUAUUGGAAAAAAAAAAAAUAUAGGGAAUAUUCCCAAGAUAAAAAAUAUAACGAGGAAUAUUAUAAUAAGGAUUCAUCCUAUAGUUAUAAAAGAAAAUAUGCAGAAAAAAGAAAUGAACCCAACACAUCUGAUUAUUAUGAUAACCAUUCUGAGUCUUCAAUGGAGAGAGUUAAUUUAAAUGAUGACGAAGAAUAUUAUGAUAAAGAUUAUUUUUUGGAAAGAGGAGAUGGUUAUAAGAAUUCUAGAAAAUAUAAAUUCAAUGAAAAGAAAUAUUCACAAUAUGAUAAUGAAAGGAUGAAAAAAUAUUCCAGUUAUGAUGAUAAAGUAUUCAAUAUGCAUCUAUAUAAUAAGAAAAAGUUUACGUAUCACAAUGAUAUGAAUAAAUAUGAUUAUAUGAACAAAACAUCUGUGGAAGGUAAAUAUAAAAAUGAUGUUUCAGAUUAUUAUAAGAAACGAUAUAAUAAUGAUUUUGAAGAUUAUAAAAAAGACAAUUUUUAUAGAAAAAGAAAAAUUAGUCCAAGUAUUAUAACAAACAGGGAUGAUAAUAAUAUGGAUAAGAAUUAUAUUAUGAGUAGUAGAAAGGAAUAUAUAUCAUAUGAAUCCUCAAUAAAAAGAAGACGUUCCAAUAAUAAUAGUGUUAUAUCACAUUAUGAAUAUGAUACACAGUAUGAGAAAAAGUUAACAAAGGUUGAUGAUAAUGAUAAAAACAAUAUAAGUUAUAAAAAAGAAAAUAAAAGUGAUAAUGCAAACAGUGUAUAUAAUGUUAUGGGAGAUAAAAAUUUAGAAAUACUAUCCAAUCAGAGUAUUAAAGAAGAAUAUAAAAAAGAAGAAAUGUCUUCAUUACAUGAAACAGAAAAUAGAAAUGAAAGAAAAGAUAAUUAUGAAAAGGAACAUAAAUAUUUAUUAACAAGUGGGAAUAUAAAAAAACAUUCAUUCAAAGAAGAAUAUAAAGAAAAUUCUUCUAAAAGAAAAUCUUACAGUGUAAAUAAAUUAUCAAGGAAAAGUUCUUCUAAAAUAUAUAAUAGGGAGAACAAAGAAUAUGAAAAAGAAAAGGAAAUAUUUGAUCAUAGAAAUUAUUAUAGAUAUAAAAGUAAUUACCAUGAUGAAUAUGAUAAAUAUGAAAAAUUUAAUUAUAGAGGAAAGGACAACGAAAGAGAUUAUGAAUUAUAUGAUGAGGAUUAUAAAUCAUAUAAAAAUAGAAAACAUUAUGAUGAUAAAUAUGGUUAUUAUAAAAAGGAUGAUUAUUAUAAUAAGGGUGAUCAUUAUAAUAAGGAUGGUUAUUAUAAUAAGGAUGAUUAUUAUAAAAAGGAUGAUUAUUAUAAAAAGGAUGAUCAUUAUAAAAAGGAUGAUUAUUAUAAAAAGGAUGAUUAUUAUAAAAAGGAUGAUCAUUAUAAAAAAGAUGAUCAUUAUAAUAAGGAUGAUUAUUAUAAUAAGGAUGAUUAUCAUCAUAAAGAUGACUAUCAUCAUAAAGAAGACUAUCAUCAUAAAGAAGACUAUCAUCAUAAAAAUGUAUAUCAUUAUAAUGACAAAGAUGAAUAUUAUAGUUACCAUUCUUCAGACGACGAAUCUGAUGAAAUAGAAAAUAAAAAAAUUGAAUAUGUUCAAGUGAAUAAUAAAAUUAUUAUAAAUUUAGAUGAAGAUACAAAUUAUCAAUACUGGAUAGAUAGUAAUACAAGUAGUGAUUAUAAUAAUAAUAAUAAUUCAAAUGCUGAAAAGUAUAUUUGUUUAAAAUUUCUAGAUUCUAAUGUUAGAAAAUUUGUUUUAAAUAACCAAGUUGAUAAUAAAAAAGUAGAAUAUAAUUCGACCAAUAAUAUGGAUAGUAUAACUGGAAAGAAUGAAAAACAUAUACAUGACAACAACAAUAAUAAUAAUAAUAAUAAUAAUGAUAAUAAUAUAAUAGAUGAUAAUUCGUUGUCUUUAAUUAAAAAAGGUCAUGAUAGUGCAUAUGAUAAGGAAGAGAAGGAUGUUAGAGAAAAAAAGCUUCGAAUAGAUGACAGAAAUAUAUAUAAAUAUAUAAAUAAAAAUGAAAAAAGCUAUUUAUACAAAGAAUGGGAUGAAAAAAUAUUAUUAGAUGAAGGUCAUUCUGAAAAAUAUAAAAAUUUAAAUGAGACGAUUGAGACAAAGGAUAAUCAUGAACAUCUUGAAAACUUGUAUGAACAUAAAAUAAAAAAUUCGGAAAUAAAUUUGAAAAAAAAAAAAUAUCCUAGUAAUAAUUAUAUUACAAAUAAUAAUAAUAAUUCUAUAAAUGAUAAGGAAUCAAAAUGUGAUGAAAAUAAUAUAUCAAAUGAUACAUUUGAUAUAUAUAUGAAGGAUACAAAAAAAGAGACUGUUGUUCAAGAUGAAUCAAAGGAUGAUAAUAGUAUUCAUUUAUCUAAUAAUAAUAAUAACCAAUAUAUAAAAAAUAAAAAUCUUAAUAGCCAAAGUGUUGUUGAUUAUGAUGAUUAUAUGGAAAAUCAUAAUAAAUAUGAUGAAAGAGAAAAAAGUAUGUUAAGUGAUAAAACAAAAGAAAUAAAUGAAACAUAUAUACAUUCAUUAGAUAAUAAUAAUAAUAAAAAUAAAAAAAAUGAUUUUGAUAAUAAUGAAGAUGUUAAUAUGGAUUGUGUAAAUAAGUUAAAUGCUUUUCCUGAUUAUAUAAAUAAUAUAAUAAAUAAUAUGAGUAGUACAUAUAAGGUGAAUGAAAAUAUUGAUAUAUUAAAUUUGAAAGAAAGGAAAUCAUUUCGUAUACCUAAAUUUUUUCAUUUUAUAGAUAAUGUAACUAAUACACAAAGUUUCUUAAAUUACUUACAAAAAAGAAAAGAAGCAAGUCGAAAAUGGAAAGUAAUAGCAAGAAAUAUUCUUCAUAAGGAAAUGCAGCUUUUAUUAGAAACAAUACAUUAUGAUAAAUAUGACAAUAAAAUAGAUUUCAUAAUUAAUUCCCUUAAAUCGGACUAA